AUGAAGCUGGAAGAGCUCCAUCCCAUUGAGGCCCUCCUCACGGCCGAUUUCCGCUCAAUCGAGCCUCGUCUUCAGUCCCUCGAUAAGCAUCUCAUCCUCCGCACCUACCUCCAUGGCUACACUCUUAGCGAGCUGGACACCAAGGUCUGGCAGGCCCUCCGCGGCAACCGCGCCGCUUUCUCCUUUAUCAAGCGCGGUAGUCUUGUCAACCUCGCUCGCUGGUUUGAGUUCAUCGAGGUGAUGCACCCUGAGAUCCAGGACGAGAUCAAGGCCAAGGAUGCUGCUGCCAAGGCGAAGGUCGCUGCUGCCAGCAAGGCCGGUGGUUCUUAUGCUCUUAAUCUGCAGAAUACAGACCAGGGCGUUGUUACCAGAUUCUUGCCCGAGCCUUCGGGAUACCUCCAUAUUGGACAUGCCAAGGCAGCUCUUCUCUCUUGGUACUUUGCCCAGCAGUACAAGGGCCAGCUUCGCCUCCGUCUCGAUGACACAAACCCCGACAAAGAGAAGGAGGAAUACCAGGAUGCCAUCAUCGAGGAUCUUGCCAUGAUGGGCAUCAAGUGCGAUACCCUCACCUACACCAGUGAUUACUUUGAUUAUCUUUACGAUAUGGCGAUCAAGAUGAUCAAGGAGGGACAUGCCUAUGCCGACGAUACCGACCAGGAAACUAUGCGCAACGAGAGAUGGAACGGCAUCGCUUCCAAGCGCCGCGACACGCCAGUGGAAGAGAACUUGCGCAUCUUUGAGGAGAUGAAGAAGGGUUCCGAGGAAGGCGUCCGCUACUGCCUUCGCGCAAAGCUCUCGGUCGACAACCCCAACAAGGCCAUGAGAGAUCCUGUGAUCUACCGUUGCAACGUGGACACGCCUCAUCACCGCACCGGCACCAAAUGGAAGAUGUACCCCAUGUACGAUUUCGCUUGCCCUGUUGUCGACAGCCACGAGGGCGUCACCCACGCCUUGAGGUCCACAGAGUACACCGACCGCAACCCUCAGUACGCCUGGUUCCAGAAGACCCUGCAGAUCCGCAAGGUCCAUAUGUGGGAUUUUGCGCGCAUGAACUUCGUCAAGACUUUCCUCUCCAAGCGCAAGCUUGCCAAGCUCGUCGAUACUGGAAAGGUUUGGGGAUGGGAUGACCCCCGCAUGCCCACCAUUCGUGGUGUCAGGAGAAGAGGAAUGGGCAUCGAGGCUCUGCGCGAAUUCAUUAUUGCUCAGGGACCUAGCCGCAACGUUGUUACCAUGGACUGGACCAAGUUCUGGGCUACCAACAAGAAGCACAUUGAUCCUAUCGCUCCCCGCCACACUGCUCUCCUGAAGAAGGAUAUUGUCAAGGUGCCCGUCACAGGCGCCGAGGCUCCUGCUCAGCCCUUCCAGGAGGACAGACCCAAGCAUCCCAAGAACAAGGAUAUCGGUACCAAGAAGGUGGCGUUUGGUCCCGAGAUUCUGCUUGAUCAAGCCGAUGCCAAGAGCUUCAAGGAAGGCGAGGAGAUCACUCUCAUGGCUUGGGGCAAUGCCUUUGUUCGCAACAUUGCUGAGGGUGACCCCAUCACCUCGUUGACGUGCGAGCUCAACGUGGCAAAGGGCGAUGUCAAGACGACGGAGAAGAAGGUUACCUGGCUCGCUUCUAGCCAGACUCUUGUGCCUGCCGAGCUUUGGGACUUUGACUACCUUAUCACCAAGGACACGCUGCAGGAGGAAGACAACAUGGAGGACUUCCUGAACCCCACCACCUCUACUAUGGAGGAGGCGUUCUGUGAUGAAGCUACGGCCCAGCUCAAGAGGAACGACAUCAUCCAGCUGGAGAGGCGUGGUUACUACCGUGUGGACAAGGGUCUCGAUGACUGGAAGGAGGGUGAGGAGAAGAGGCUUGUCCUCUUCAACAUCCCGACUGGCAAGACUGGAUCCAAGUAA